GUUGGGGGCGGGACGCGCGGUGGGAGACGCUCCAGUUCCGGGUCAAGCCCUCCCUCCGCCUCCGCCAUGGCGAGCAGUAGCGGGCCCGGCGCCGGAGGGGCGGCGGCGGCGGCCGCGGCCGCGGCCAACCUGAACGCGGUGAGGGAGACCAUGGACGUUCUGCUUGAGAUUUCAAGAAUUUUGAAUACUGGGUUAGAUAUGGAAACACUGUCCAUUUGUGUGCGGCUUUGUGAACAAGGAAUAAAUCCUGAAGCCUUAUCAUCAGUAAUUAAAGAACUUCGAAAGGCUACUGAAACACUCAAGGCUGCUGAAAAUAUUACAAGCUGACUUUUUCCGGAGAAAUCCUGAUGAGAUAUGUCAAGCUCUGCAAAAGAAUUUGAAGAUUGCAUUGUAGUCAAGAGUGUACAAUGAAAUUACUGCAUGCAGCAGUGUAGAAACAGUUUCCUUUUAAAAAGAAUUAUACAACUAUAGCUUUAUAAAUCAGUGCAAAGUGGCUUACAAAAAGAGCUAUCAGAUGUGUUUACGUCAUGUCUGUCUUUUUUUUUCCAGUGGCUCACGCAUUGGCAUUGCUGUAUUCCUAUUUAUGUAUUCCUUAUUUAUAGCUCAGAUAGCUUUAAUUUUCUAAGCAGUCUCUCAAUCAGAUGUGCACAUCUGCUCUCCCUAGUUGAAGGAUAGUGGAACCCAUCAGUAAUAGUGUAGUAGUUAUGACUUGUUGACAUUUCCAUUAUAAACCUAAUUUUGAAUUGUUUAUGUACAGUAACUCUGGAUUUAUGUUACAUUGGACUGGAAGUUGUCAGAAUUUCAUCCAGCAUUUGUGAAUUUUUAUUUAGAUUCAUUAUGUAGAUCAGAAUCUUGUUUUUAUCAGCAAGCACACAGGGAAACAUUUGUUCUAAUAUGCUCUUUAACAAAGAAUAUUUAGUUUUUUAAACAGAAAGCUUGACAGAACCAGGUCAUUUUUUUGUACUGAGAAAUAAAACUUUUAGAAACUUAGAUUUUAAGAGUAAUGGCAGUGCUUAGUUUAGUAUUUUAUGGUUUGAGUCAUAGACGUUUAAUGAGACAAUUAAUUGAAAAUGUUUUUCUUUCUCUUUUAUUACGUAACAGACUGAAAAAUGCAUACUAAAACAUUUCCGAUGUGGAAAACAUUUUUUAAUCUUAUUACAUUUACAUGUUUAUCCAAAACAUCUUGACUGUUUAGGUAAUAAAUCAUUGAAUAGGAAAUAUUUUGUUAUGUUUUACCAAAUAUGCUUAUAUUUCCUGAAAGAAUAAAGAUUUCAGUCGUUAAACAAAAAUUAAAUUAUUAGAUGUUCUCUAUCAGGAAUUGUGAGUAUGCCUUUGUAGGGUCAUUUUUUGUGUAAUAUUUUUACCCUGAAAAUUUUUAAGUGGUAGUUCAAAUUAAAUUUUAGAAAAGUUAGGUUAAUAUUAACUUCCUGUAACAGAAAUCAGUGGAAUACUUUUCCCAAGAAUGUACAAAUUUAAUUAGAUUUGUUGAGUCUUAGUCAUUUUUAGACUCGAUUAAACUGGUACUAUAAACAUUCAUACUUUAGCAGCCCUUUUUGUUCUACAGACAGACUGAAGUGGUUUUAAUAAGACUUAGUAAUAUUUAAACAGUAACCUGUACUGUUGUUUUAAAAAUUGUCUUUUGACCGUUUUGACAUUUUUUCUUUUUGUGGAGCCCGUGCCUGGAGGGCUUGGUAGUAUGAAGUAUGACGGAUGGAACUCAGGGCCACGCACUAACAAGGCACAUUACUCACCACUUGAGCCACAUCCCAGGCCAUUUUACUUAUUUUUAUGACAUGCAUCCUUAACCAAGUGCACUGGAAGAUGUAUUGACAGAACUGGUUGGGAGACAGUGUUGACUUGUGAUGUUAAGCUGUUUGAUAAUAAGUACUGCAAAUACUGCAUGUUGAUAUUUAUAAAACCAUAAGAAGGCUGCCAAGCUCCAAAAUUUAUAUAUACUUUUGGGUCAUAAGAACUAAUAGUUUUAUUUAUGACUUUGUAGAUUAAGUUAUUUAUGUAUGAAACAGCAAGAAAAUAUACCGAGGAGUUUUGUUUACCAAGGACUCUAAUGUGUUACAUUUCUUAAAUGUUGACAUAUAUUUUUAAUGCAUACUUAAAGUACAAUUUAAGGAAAGCGAAGUACUGAUAUAAUCGCAGUGUUAUACGUGUUCUCAGUAAAUAAAGACAUUUUGGUUGUA